AUGGAAGAUUGCAUUCUUGUUUGCACUCCUAUGGCGACUGGUUGUAAACUCAGCAAGGAUGAUGAAUCACCAAAUGCUAAUCAGACUCUCUAUAGGUCUAUGAUUGGUAACUUGUUAUAUGUUACAACCACUAGACCUGAUAUAAUGCAGACUGUAGGUUAUGUUGCAAGGUUUCAGGCAACCCCUAACGAGGCACGUGUUCAUGCAAUCAAGAGAAUAUUCAAGUACCUCAAAGGUAUAAUGGAGUAUGGUCUUUGGUAUCCAACUGGAAAUGACUUCUUGUUUACAUCAUACACAGAUGCAGAUUGGGGUGGCUCAGUUGAUGACUGGAAGAGCACAAGCGGAGGUACCUUCUUUCUUGGUAAGUGUUUGGUUUCCUGGCACAGUAAAAAACAAGCUCCAGUUUCUCUUUCAACUGCUGAAGCUGAAUAUAUAGCAGCAGUGUCGUGCUGUACACAAGUUCUUUGGAUGAAGCAAACAUUGCAAGACUUCAAGGUAUAUUUUAGUCAGCCAAUUCCUAUUCUAUGUGAUAACAUGAGUGCUAUUAGCAUUUCUAAAAUUCCAGUUUUACACUCUAGAACCAAGCACAUUCCAAUUAAAUAUCACUUUUUGCGUGAACAAGUUAGUGAUCAGCAAGUGAAGCUUGAAUAUGUUUCUACUAAGGAUCAACUCGCAGAUAUUUUUACAAAGCCUUUGCCCAAGGACACCUUUGAAAGGAUAAGACAGCAGCUUGGAGUGAUUUCACUCCAUUAUUGA